AACCAAACAACUCACUUGACAACAGCCGCAGUAGUCUGAUCCCAAGUACUUCCAUUGAACUAGCUACUUAAACUUAAAAUUAUCUUAUUUAUCUGUCGAAACUGAGAGCUUCAAAGCAUGGCUUUUACAUCAACUGCUCUACAAUAUCCAUCCACAUCAUAUUUACAAUCCUUGGUACCUUCCUUAGAAGGUACACGUGAUCAAAAUUCAUGGUGUGUCAGAGUGAGAUCAUACAAACCCACUUCUCAAAAAUCACAACUGAACUUUGCAAGAGGGAUUACAGUCCAGAGCGCAGCCACAAAACCAGCCAAGUCACCAGCUGAAGAAGAAUGGAAAGUUAAGCGAGAAUUACUGCUGCAAAAAAGGGUAAAAAGUGUGGAGCCAAAGGAAGCUCUGCGCCUUCAAAAAGAAAAUAAUUUUGUGAUUCUUGAUGUAAGGCCAGAAGCAGAGUUCAAGGAGGGCCAUCCCCCGGAUGCAAUUAAUGUGCAAGUAUACAGGCUUAUAAAAGAAUGGACAGCCUGGGACAUUGCCAGACGUGCUGCAUUUGCAUUUUUUGGUAUUUUCUCUGGCACAGAAGAGAAUCCCGAGUUUAUCAAGUCUGUUGGUGAACAAUUAGAUAAAAAUGCAAAGAUAAUAGUAGCUUGCUCAGCAGGGGGAACAAUGAAACCAACACAAAAUCUGCCACAAGGUCAACAAUCUAGAUCUCUAAUAGCAGCUUACUUGCUAGUCCUUAAUGGGUACAACAACGUCUUCCAUCUAGAAGGUGGGCUUUACAAAUGGUUUAAAGAGGAUCUGCCAGCUGUAGCAGAGGAGUGAAAUAUUGUCAGCAUUGUGCAUGCCGAGAAGUCUGGACCUAGUUUUGACCAUAAUGAGGAUGCUGAUACACAAAGGACAGAACGGAUGAACUGAAAUGUAAACAUUGAACUGGUGUAGAAAUUUAGUAUGAGAGAAAAUGUCAUGUUACGUUCUCUAAAGAUUGCCUCCAUAGCUUUAACAUGAAAGGAUUUAUUUAUUAGCAUCA